GAACUGUAAAUGAUUAUUAAUGAUAUAAUUAAUUAUUAAUGAUAUAAUUAAAGCGCAGAUAAUUUAAAUAGUGAUUUACAAUUCAUGAUAACAAUGUCAACUUCGUGAAUCUUAAAUUUCAAAUCUCGAAUUUGCUUUCCGCAUUUAACAGAGAGGAAAAGUUAAGUGGUGCUUCAACCUCAAGAUAACAAUUUACGUGGCAAAAAUGUGAUGUAGAUAACGUAAAGGAGUAAUAAUGAGAAUGUGAAAGCGUGAAUAAACUUGCGACAAAAUUUCGUCGAAAUCGCAAAGACUGUCCGGCAAGAGUCUCGUAUUCCGGAAGAGGGCACAAAGCUGAAUGUCGCUAUCAUGGUUUUCUUCGGAAGAAAGGAGAAGCUGGAGGAUCGGCGAUUGUUGGCGAGCAUGGACGCUAUGAACGGCGCGAUUAACCAUCAAAUCGACAAUGGUAAAGUUUGUCGCACGGCGGAACAUCGAUACGCAACGGUACCAUUCUCGUUUCGCAUGGCGCUGCGUUCAUGCACGUGCGCGACAACAUCGAGGAACUGGGCAAAGUUGCUGACGAUACGGAUUUGCUGUUUCUGAAGGGCCUUCUUGACAGUCCGGUCGUCACAUCCCUUGUGAAGGUGCAAGAGCGUCUCGAGGACCCGCCGGUGCCCGUGGAGCCGGUAUGCUCAUCCAUCUGUGACAUCGUCGACGAAGUGUGUCACGCCUUCCGAGUCUCCAGGGAUCCGUACGCCAGAGAGUUGGUGAAUCUUCUCGGUAACGCACAUUUGAGAGCGCUCCUGGAGACGCACGACGCGGUUGUGGAACGCAGAGAAGAGACGCUUUCUAAACUGCCCGAUCCUCCCGCGUCGACGAUGCCGACCAACAAAAAGGAGGAGAUACCUAUCAGGGUAGUCGGCCUUCGGAGACAGCCGGAUGAACCCCUGGGUUUGACGGUGCAAGUAGAUGAGUCUGGGAAUAUGAUCAUCGCUAGGAUCCUCGGUGGCAGCACAGCGGCUCGUCAAGAGCUCCUGAAGACAGGCGAGGUAAUACUCGAAGUCAACGGUAAAAGAGUUCGAAACCCUGAGGAGCUCCAGCAGGCAAUUCAAGAUGCCAAAGAAAAUCUAUCUCUAAAACUGGCUCCAGGUAUUGCUUCGGAUGUAAACCGGCCCGUCAAGUCUACGUGUUACAUGAGGGCCCUCUUCGAUUACGAUCCUUCAGAGGACACUCUUCUGCCUUGUCGAGAGAUUGGUCUGCCUUUUCAGAAAGGUGACAUUCUCCAAAUCGUUGAUCAGGCUGAUCCGAAUUGGUGGCAAGCGCGAAGAGUGGAGGGUGAGAGUCUCGGAUCGCCCGGGUUGAUACCUUCGCUUGAGCUAGAGGAACGCAGAAAGGCGUUCGUGCCGCCUGAGGCCGACUUCGUUCAUAAGAUCAGCAUCUGCGGCACCAGGAUAUCCAAGAAGAAGAAGAGAAAAAUGUAUCAAUCCAAGUCAAACGGUGAGUUCGACGCCGCCGAAUUACUCCUCUACGAGGAAGUCGCUCGGAUGCCACCAUUUCGACGCAAAACCUUGGCUCUAGUUGGCCCACGUGGCGUGGGUCGACGAACCCUGAAGAACAGGCUGAUCAACAGUGACCCCGAGAAGUUUGGCACUAUUGUACCCUAUACAUCGAGACCGCCUAGAGUGCUCGAGGAAGAUGGCAAAAGUUAUUGGUUCACCGAUCGCGAGUCAAUGGAGUCAGACAUCAGGGAGCACAGGUUUCUGGAGCAUGGCGAACACGGCGGACACCUGUACGGCACAAAACUGGAUUCGGUGCGGGAGCUGAUAAGGGCCGGCAAGAUGUGCGUGUUGGACUGUAGCCCGGCCGCGCUCAAAAUCCUUCACAAUAGCACGGAGUUUAUGCCCUACGUCAUAUUCAUCGCCGCGCCCGGAAUGGAACAGCUGAAGUCCUUGUACGAUCUCGGAAGAUCGACUGGUGCUAGCAGCCGAAAUCUAACGUUCGACCGCCAGAGUUCCAUCAGGUACAGCUCGAGGAGAGCCAGGACGCUAGAGUCCCUCGCAUCUUUAUACGAGGAGGACGAUUUAAAAUCCACGUUAGAAGAAUCCGCAGCUCUACAGAGAGCCUAUGAGAAAUACAUCGAUCAGGUGAUCGUGAACGAGGACUUUGACAAUACGUUCAGGCAGGUGAUCGCGGCUUUGGAUUCUUUAGCUACGGAGCAUCAAUGGGUGCCAGUCAAUUGGAUCUACUAAUCGAUUCCUGAACGCAGCGUACGGCAUCGGUAGAUUCAAGAAUCAAGAAGUCAAGAUAGCUGCAAAGAGUUUUAUCAUACGGAUGAGAAAACGAUUUUUUAUUACUGCCUACGUUACGUAUGAAAACGGCGAAAUCAUACUUCCGAAAAAAAUAUUCGGAAUUACUCAGGUAGCAAAGUUGCGUCGAUUUAAUGUCAUUAAUUAGAUAAAUCUAUGACAAAUCUGACGAAUCUUGAUGUCAAAGACAUCAUAAAAAUGACGUAAAUUUAUCACAGCCACGUAACGUCAUGUAUAUGUAGAAAAUACGCUAUUAUUUUCAUGUUUUGUACCAAACUAAAUGAUCAAUGAUGUUACUAGUACGUCGUCGAUUAAUAAACUGGUCAAAUGUCAUAAUUAGUACGACAUUGUAAAUAUAUCGUGGGAUGAAUAAAUAAAAGACGUCAUUAAUUUGUCAAGAAAAUAACGUCAUUACAUCUUAAAUAGAUAACAUGACAUGACAUCAAUAAUCUGAAAUGACUAACUAAUGACAUAAAAAGAUGACGAUAGUUUACUACCUAAGCAAACUCCGUUCGUCGCGCGGCUACGAAAACACAAAACACACGUAUUGUAAUUAAGAGUACAAAGAAUGUUAUGAAUAUCUCACGCCGUGCGAAGCGAUAUCGAUGCGUUGUCGCGUAAAGGACGCAAUCGAGAAUCUCAUUAUCAUCGUUUAAUAAUUAAAUAUACAGCGUUUGCAUUAGUUCAUAAAUUUACAAACGACCCGUUCUGCAUAAAAAUUUCAUUGAUUUUAAUUUUGCAAAUUACUGUUUUAGUAGAAAAAAUUUACUAAAAAUUCGCUGAAAUUUUGCUGAAAGUAAUAUUUUAGCUGAAAAAUUGGAUGAAAUUUUGCUGCAAUUUCACUGAAAUUAAUUUUUACAGUAAAAAUAGUGAAAAAUUAAAUUGACGUUUCUCCACAAAUUUAUCCGAAAUUUCUCUAAAAAUUUACUGAAUCGUCGUUAACAUCCUUACUAAAAAUGAUUUUUACUGAAACUCUUGAAUGUUUGCUGAAAAUUCUAUGAAACUUCUAUGAAAAUAAAUUAAAAUUUUUCCAAAAACUGUUCUAAAAAUG